UCCGAGCGGCCCCGGUGCCAACCGCAGGGACAGGAGGGAGGAGGAGGCCGUGAUGGCGACGCCGGAGCCGGAAGUGCAGUGUGCUGCUGCAGUCCCUGAUUUGGAAUGGUAUGAGAAGCCGGAAGAAACUCAUGGUCCCCUAGAUCUGCUGGAGACCAACUCUGCCCAGGAACCUUCCAAUCCUCCCGAGGCCUUUUCCCCAAGAGACUGCUUGGUGCCCGUGGUGUUUCCUGGGCCAGUGAGCCAGGAGGGCUGCUGUCAGUUUACUUGUGAACUUCUAAAGCAUAUCAUGUACCAACGCCAGCAACUCCCGCUGCCCUAUGAACAGCUAAAGCUCUUCUACCGGAAACCCCAGGUAUGUAGUCUGAAUGUCAAAUCUGCUGUUGCCAGCCCCUCAGGACAGAGGAAGCUGCAGCAUGUCAGUUUUCAUUAA